AUGUGGACCAGAAGGAGAAGGGAGGCAGGAGUGCCAAAGGGCAGGCCAGGGGACGGGGACGGGGGAGGGGGAGGGGGGGCAGUAGGGGGAGGGGGAGGGGACGGAGCAAUGGAGAAAGCAAGGAGGAACAGGAAGAGGGCGAUAUCGCUGCCGGAGACCAGGGAGAAUCCGAAAUCGAAGGGAGUGCUGGAAAAGAGGAAGGGAGUGCUGGGAAAGAGGAAGGGAGUGCUGGAAAAGAGGAAGGGAGUGCUGGGAAAGAGGAAGGGAGUGCUGGGAAAGAGGAAGGGAGUGCUGGAAAAGAGGAAGGGAGUGCUGGAAAAGAGGAAGGGAGUGCUGGGAAAGAGGAAGGGAGUGCUGGAAAAGAGGAAGGGAGUGCUGGGAAAGAGGAAGGGAGUGCUGGGAAAGAGGAAGGGAGUGCUGGAAAAGAGGAAGGGAGUGCUGGGAAAGAGGAAGGGAGUGCUGGGAAAGAGGAAGGGAGUGCUGGGAAAGAGGAAGGGAGUGCUGGAAAAGAGGAAGGGAGUGCUGGGAAAGGGGAAGAGAAGAUAUCAGGGGACUUACAAGGCUCGGAAGCCAUGCAAGUUGACGUCACAGCGAUGGAGGAAGAAGCUGGGAGGGACAAAGAUCGAGGAUUCCGAUGAGGAGGCCAAGAAAGUUCAAAAGGGAACUGAGUACAAGGCAAACACGAAUGCGAAAGCGAAGAAGAGACCAAGAGGGAGGAGUAGCGAGAGGUUUACCAAGGGACCGCGCUCUAAGAGGGGGCCAAAAGUGGAAGAGAAGAAAAAGGCAAAAGAAGAACCAGCUGAAGACAAAGAUGAUGACCCUCCAAGUGUCACAGUGCUGAUUGCCGACCUGUCUGGAGAUCCACAGCCUGACAUGAAGGUUGAAGCAACUUUGACAGAAGCAAAGAACGCCAAGUCUUCUUUCAGCUUCAAGAUCAAAGUCUACAACAACGAAAGGAGCACGAUCAAAUUGAUCCAUGACUUCGAGGCUUUCGACAAUUCCGUACUGAAAGGAGCUACACUCACCACCAACGAUGGAUCGUUGCAGCUUGCGGCGAGGGUUGUCGAGGUGGACGCGGAGUGGCACCGCGAUCAGCCCUGGGCGGAAAAGUCAGAACACCUGAAUGCGUUGGUCCGGUGGAAAGUUGAUUUGGAUAAUGGAGGUCAGAUAUUUCACAACGGGAGGGUCUGGGGCUGGCUGCCCAAGGAGGAAUCCGAGUACAAGGGGGUUGAUACCGAGCAGCUGGAGCCGCUGUGGCGGAUAAAGUUCGACGACCACACGUGCGGUCAUGCCGACUUGGACCUGAAUGAGCUCACGGAGGCGAUGGAGAACUACAAGCAGUACGUAGAGAAUGGCGCGAGCGAAACGAAGGUGGUGGAGAAAGUUGGAGGCAAGAGGAGAGGACGGAAGGCGGGGUCGAAGAACGAAUCGAGCUCUCCAGCGAAUGCGAAAGGAGGGAGAAAAUCUCAUCGCGAAAGCAAGCAGUCGAGCAAGGAGGCAGCAGAAGACCUGGACGAUGUUCCGCUAGGAGAAAGAUUGAAGGCGCAGGAAGCAAACAGUUCUGCUGACCCUCCUCAGGGGAAGCAUGAUGAUGAUGAUGAUGAUGAUGAUGAUUAUGGGAAAGACAGGCGAAAGAAAAUACGACUUGACGAAGGUGGGAAGAAAGAAAAAGAGGGGAAGAAAUUGAAAACUGAGAACGCCAAGAAUUCUGAAAGAGGAAGACGGCUGGAGAAAGGUGCUGAACGUUCCGCUCGAGGCAGGAAAGGUCGGGACAAGGAGGGCAAGAAAGGGAAAGACGAGGAGGACGAGGAGGACGACGAGGAGCUUAUCGAUGUGUCGCAAAGGCCAAGACCUGAGACAAAGAGCGAGGCGUUGAAGGACAUCAAAGCGAGAGAAAGUGGCAAGAGGGCAAACGAGAGGGCAGGGAAAUCGGCGAAGAAAGAAGAAUCUGCGGCCGAGAGAUCAAAGGAUGUCAAGGUGAAGAUGGAAAGGACGGAUGAAGGAAAGGACGACAAGCGUGAAAACAAAGAAGGCAAACUCACGAAGAAACGAGAGGAUGUUGAGGAGAAGGAGGGGAGAAAGGAGAAGUCCACACAGAACCAAGACAAGUCUUGGAAGAUGGAAGGUAAAACUGUACAGAAAGAAGAAGGGCUGCUGAAGAACAAAGAAAAGCAUGGAGAGGGCAAAACAGGGAAGGAGGGAAAGCCUGAGAAGCAAGCGGACAGAGCAGUGAAGAAGGAGGAGAGAUCUGAGAGGAAAGAGGAAAAGCCCGUCAAGAAGGAGCAAGGCAAGGAAGGGAAGAGGGACGGUGAGUCAGGCAAAUCCAAGCCAGAUACAGCGAGCGAUCUUGCCAAGAGCAAGCAGCCGUCGAAGACCGCGAGCAGCUCGGACGGGAAGGGAGCGGAGGCUUCGAAGGAGAAGAAAGGUGAGAAGAGUCUGAAGGCCGAGGAGAAGCUCCCCAAGACCCUCCCCAAGGCCUCACCCAAGCUGGACGGCAAGUCUGAGGGAUCGACCACUCCCUCCUCGCAGGACGCGAAGUCGGUGAAACUCAAGGACGGGACGAGACCGGAAGGAGCGAAAGCGGAGAAACUUGAGAUUCCAACAGCAGCGACUGAGCCGGCAAGGAAACCUUCGACCCCUCUGCCUCUGCCUGUGUUACCUCUACCCGAAGUGAAGGUAGGCGAUGACGGUGGUCAUGCUGCUGCUGCCGCUGCUGCUGCUGCUGAUGAUGAUGAUGAUAAUAACGUUGUUGUUGUUGUUGUUGUUGUUGUUGUUGUUGUUGUUGUUGUUGUUGAUGAUGAUGAUGAUGAUGAUGAUGAUGAUGAUGAUGAUGAUGAUGACGACGACGACGACGACGUUGUUGAUGUUGAUGAUGAUGAUGAUGAUGAUGAUGAUGAUGAUGAUGAUGAUGAUGAUGAUGAUGAUGAUGAUGAUGAUGAUGAUGAUUUCGACGACGACGAUAACGAUUACGACAACGACGACGAUGAUGAUAAUGAUGAUGAGGAAGAGCGGGCAUAG